CCCCGCGCCGCUCUGCAGCGUUCCCUCCCUUUGUCUCGGCCCCGCCGGCGUGGGUCCUCGGUGAGCAGCAGUGCAGCCGCAAGAUGGCUGAUGGCAACGAGGAUCUGCGGGCAGACGACUUGCCAGGGCCAGCCUUCGAGAGCUAUGAGUCCAUGGAGCUCGCCUGCCCCGCCGAGCGCAGCGGCCACGUAGCGGUCAGCGACGGGCGCCACAUGUUCGUCUGGGGCGGCUACAAGAGUAAUCAAGUCAGAGGACUAUAUGACUUUUAUCUACCUAGAGAAGAACUAUGGAUCUACAAUAUGGAGACUGGACGAUGGAAAAAAAUUAAUACUGAAGGUGAUGUCCCUCCUUCUAUGUCAGGAAGCUGUGCUGUGUGUGUAGACAGGGUGCUGUACUUGUUUGGAGGACACCAUUCCCGAGGCAAUACUAACAAGUUCUACAUGCUGGAUACAAGGCCUACAGACAGAGUGCUGCAGUGGGAGAGAAUUGAUUGCCAAGGAAUUCCUCCAUCAUCAAAGGACAAACUUGGUGUCUGGGUGUAUAAAAACAAGUUAAUAUUUUUUGGAGGGUAUGGAUAUUUACCUGAAGAUAAAGUAUUGGGAACUUUUGAAUUUGAUGAAACUUCCUUUUGGAAUUCAAGUCAUCCAAGAGGAUGGAAUGAUCAUGUACACAUUUUAGACACGGAAACCUUUACCUGGAGCCAACCUAUAACUACUGGUAAAGCACCUUCACCUCGCGCUGCUCAUGCCUGUGCAACCGUUGGAAACAAAGGUUUUGUGUUUGGAGGCAGAUACCGAGAUGCUAGAAUGAAUGAUCUUCACUAUCUUAACCUGGAUACAUGGGAGUGGAAUGAAUUAAUUCCACAAGGCCUAUGUCCAGUUGGCCGAUCCUGGCACUCACUAACACCGGUUUCUUUAGAUCAUCUUUUUCUCUUUGGAGGAUUUACCACUGAUAAACAGCCACUAAGUGAUGCUUGGACAUACUGUAUCAGUAAAAAUGAAUGGAUACAGUUUAAUCAUCCCUACACUGAAAAACCAAGAUUAUGGCAUACAGCAUGUGCCAGUGAUGAAGGAGAAGUCAUUGUUUUUGGUGGGUGUGCCAAUAACCUGCUUGUCCACCACAGAGCUGCACACAGUAAUGAAAUACUUAUAUUUUCAGUUCAACCAAAAUCUCUUGUACGGUUAAGCUUAGAAGCAGUCAUUUGCUUUAAAGAAAUGUUAGCCAACUCGUGGAACUGCCUUCCCAAACACUUACUGCACAGUGUUAAUCAGAGGUUUGGUAGUAACAACACUUCCGGAUCUUAAGGCUUCAUACAUAAUGCCUCUGAUUGCCUUGCAUGGACAGCAACCAGGACAUGUCACAGAGUGGCAUCACUUGUACAAUUAUAUGAGUUGUUGUAGUUUGCAGCUUUUGGGUUUAAAUAUGCAUGUGAAUGGCCUAGAGAACCUAUUUUUGUGUCUAAAGUUUACAAUAAAUGUAUUUAACAUCA